AUGCCGCGCUGGGGUCUCAAGCAUGAGUAUCUCCUGCACGGCAUGUUUGCCUUUUCUGCUCUAGAGAUAGUUCUCUGCGGCGGCGCUGUUGUCAUCGAAGAAGACUAUGAGAUGUACUAUGCCAAGCUGGCCGUUGAGUACUACGAUAAAGCAAGUCGUUCGUUUAGGGCGCAGCUGGAGAAUGUGACGGCCGAGAAUGCGCAAAAGGUGUUUAUGUUUUCGUUCCUUGCUGUUUCUGUCAAUAUGGCACUUGGGCAGUGUACUGCGUUUGAAGAAGUUUAUGAGGGUGUUCUUGAUCGUUUGGUGACGUUGUGGGAGUUACUCAUAGGCAAUGCUUCUAUUGCUGAUCAGCAUUUUGACACUCUCAUUUCAGGUGCUUUAUCAAGGUCUACUGAGGCGUUGAUGGUGAGGACACAACUGCAAACCGAAACGCCUACAUCUUUGAGCAAAGAGACAGAAGACGCAUUGGAGCGUCUGUCCAUCAUCGUCAACACAGCCUGUGAAACACCAACCAGCUCCGAAAACACCGACAAUUCAGAGACGAAUUUACGCAUCCAAUCCUACCGCGCCAGCUUCUCCGCCAUACAAACAUGUUUUGUACAGGAUUCCAAAGAAAUCUUCAAGGGCAUAGCUAUAGGAUUUCCUGCUCUUGCUGGGAGGGACUUUGGGCUAGCGCUCAAGAGCUCGGAUCCUGUGGCCUUGUUGAUAACCAUGUACUGGGGUGUACAGCUCAAUACUUUGGGCAAGAUGGCUUGGUGGGUUGGCACGUUUGGUAAGAAGAUGGUGGAUGAGGUCUCGGAGAUGCUGUGGCAGCCUGAGCCAGGGCGUCGGAUUAUGAGUUUACCGGAAUGGAGAGACAGUAUAUCCUGGGCGAGAGUGGAGGUUGACUUGAUGCUUUUGGGGGAGACUCCGUCAACAUAG